AGAGAGAGAGAGAGAGAGAGAGAGAAAGAGAGAGAGAGAGAGAAAGAGAGAGAGUUCAUCGGUGUUACUCCAGCUGCUGUUACACAGCCAGAUAAUCUUCUCACUCAUCUGGGGAAAAGACCAGGGCAAGGAUAUCACAUUCUGCAAGGGAAACGGUGCUCUUUCACCCUCUAAAAACUUUCUUAGACAUCAAUCCCAAUGGCAGACAGCGUCAUAGAGGAGCCCGAUUUCUACCCUGAGAAAGACAGUUUACUAUGGGGAUAUCAAGAAGGUGUGGAGUGGGGCUUGCUCUUUCCUGAGGCCAACGGACAGAACCAGUCCCCCAUCAACCUUAUCUCCAGGGAGGCCCUGUACGACCCACAGCUCCUGGAGGUGCGGCUCACGCACAACUACGUGGUCUGCAGGGACUGUGAGGUCAUCAACGAUGGACACACGGUCAGGGUAAUGCUCAAGUCAAAAUCAGUGGUGACUGGUGGCCCCCUGCCCAGCGACCACGAGUACGAGCUGCACGAGGUGCGCUUCCACUGGGGCAAGGAGAACCAGCGUGGCUCCGAGCACACCGUCAACUUCAAGGCCUUCCCCAUGGAGCUCCAUCUCAUCCACUGGAACAGCACUCUGUAUAGCAGCAUUGAGGAUGCCAUAGGGAAGAGGAAUGGCAUCCUCAUCGUGGCCUUAUUUGUACAGAUAGGAAAGGAACACCAGGCUUUGAAAGCAGUGACGGAGGUGCUACAGGACCUACAGUACAAGGGGAAGACAAAAAUCAUACCAUGCUUUAACCCCAACACUCUGCUACCUGACCCCCUGCUGCGUGAUUACUGGGUGUACGAGGGGUCACUCACCACCCCUCCCUGCAGUGAGAAGGUCACCUGGAUCCUGUACCGCUACCCUCUAACCAUCUCACAGAUACAGAUUGAGGAAUUCCGAAGGCUGAGGUCACAUGUCAAAGGGGCGGAGCCUGCAGAUGGCAGCGAUGGAAUUCUGGGAGACAACUUCCGUCCAACUCAGCCUCUGAGUGACAGGCAGGUCAGAGCUGCAUUUCAGUAGUGUAACCAAGCACGGGCGGCGAAGGCUGGGUAAACUCGACAGGGGGUUUGCAAAUUCAGGACAGUUUGACUUUUAAUUCAGAACAUUAAACUGGCAACAGAGGGUAAAUUUACAAAAACAAUUUUAUGUUCUGCAACUGAGAAAACAUUAACAAACAUUUUCAUUAGUCAAAGCCAAAACUCACAGUGAGCUCCACAAUACAUGUUUAGGCCUCACGUUAAAGGUUAGCAGGAUGCUUUCCACAGACAGUUAAGGCUUAGGGCCUUGCUUAAACCCGCAGCCUUCUGAGUCCAGUUCCUGCCACUUCAUUUUACUGCUAUAACUCAACAGUAGUUUUACGCGUUAGAUACAGUAUGUCCGCACAAAAUAAAACAGUGUGUUACUUUGAUAUUGUCUUUGAAUAUAUAAUUUUAUUUAUCCAACUGAGUGACCAGGUUAUAAGAACAGUAACACCAUUCAAACUCAUUCAGUCUUACCUUUCAAAGCUUCUGCUGCUCUCGGCUGAUUCUAAGCAAUGUUUUAAUCUCCACUCCGUGGAAUAGAAUAAAAAACAAAAAAACGUAAUCAAUACUACGCUAAUUUCUGAGCAUCAUACAUAUUGUUUAUAUUUGUUGAGCAUCACUGUGUGCUCUCAUUCAUGGAAAACUACCAACAUGACCGAUGUGCAUUGACCUGAAUCUCUCUGGGAUUUGUAUGCAGUGUAAUUACUAUUACCCUUUAGCCUGAAUAUGUUAUUAAACAAGUUCAUUGGUUUGGCUUGUUGAGCGUUGGUGGGGUGCAGGCAGCAAUUAAAAAUGGGUGAUCUUCCCAGAAAGAGCAGAAAUAUUUUUUAAUAAGCAUAACUGGAAUUUUGUAUUUUGCACUAACAAUGUAAUGGAGUGAAGUCUGGAGUAAAUGAAUGAACAGGCCACCAAUAACAGACCAGCUGGCAUGUUAUGAAAAAUAAUAUUGAAUUCAGUGGACACAUUUGAGCUCUUUAUGAAAAUGGGACUGUAAACGAGUAACUGAAUGAGUGAACUGAAUACUUCUGGCAAACUUAAUAUUUUCUGAAUAAAGAGUUGUUAACAAUUCAA